CUGAGCAUAAAAUAGGUACUAUAUUGAUAAUCUAUGCGGUGAUAACGCGGCAGUGAUAAUUAUAUACGGUCACAAAUACUGCAUUCGCUUCCUCCGUUACAUCUUCAUAAUGCAACGAUAUACUUUAGAUCUCAGUGAAUUUUACUCUGACCACCGGCAAAAAAUUUUUGUCGGCAGACGUGUCGCGUGGAAACGCGUAGACUGCUUGCUGGAGUAUGUUCGUAACACCUUCCAGCUGGCGGAUGUGUGUUUAACUAACCAGGAUAACGUAUUAUUUCCGGAAACAGAAGACCUGGAUGUGAUCCUGGCAUCUGAUCAAGUAAAAGUACGGAGGAUUUCGAACAGUUACAAUGGCACUCAUAAUGGUCGCUCGCCGCCUGUAAAAACAUUCGCCGCUGAACCACGUGUUGGUCAGCAAAACGGUAGCUACGUGCAGCAAGAGUCGGAUAGUUCUAGCUCUGAAUCGGAUGUAGAUUGCUUGCCCAAAAUAUUCGUAGGCCUUGAAAAAUUAAACAAAUCUGAUGAAGCUCUACAAGAGCUACCAAAACCAAAACGAAAGCGAAUUCGUAAGCGAAAAUCUAAGAAAAAUGAAGAUCCGCCACCCCCGAAGGUAAUUGUAAAAACAUAUGGAAAGAAUAAGAUGCCGUCAAUCGUUACAGACAAUGAAGCGGAGAAAAAGCAUAUUCGUUUUACCGAAGAUGAUUUGCAUAAGGAAGACGAAUGCAUUGAAGAACCUUAUAGAAAUCUGAAUAAAAGUACUACUCCCCGGAUUGUGAGAGCUUCUUUGCAAGCAGCCGAUGCUAUUUGUAACGAUGAUGCUCCCAGCGUGCCAGAAUACGAAGACACACCGAUUAUCGAACUGGAGGAUGUGAUCCGUAAAAAAGGUAAAAACCGCCAGCCACGCAAAUCACUCGCAAUUAAACAGGAGCUAAUUAGUGCAAACGUGUCCAAUGGUCAGGCCUCAAUUUCGCCUACGUGUACCGAUAAAGUUGACAAGGAGAAGGAAACAUUUCUUGCAAACUACAGUGGUUUUGAAUUUUGGAACAACCUGGUAGAUGCUUUAGAGAAUUUUCCUUUGAUUGCUAUUCCCAGUGAAAACGAUAUCAUCGCCUAUCGGUACGCGGAAACUGAUUAUCUCGCUUUCGUGGAACGUGCCGAUGACGGAGAAGAUGAUACGUCACCUGCGCUGAAAUUGACGCUACGCCAAUUGAACACAGAUAAUGCUGAACAGAUAAUGGUAGCCUUAGAUCACCUGACAAAAAUACGACUAGUUGCUACUUAUCAAAGGUAGGUAAGUCCGUGUGUAAAUAAACAAUAUUAAACGGAUAUUGUAGAAGUCCAAUAAAUGUCCCAU